UUUUUUUUGGGUAAUGAGUUCUUUUGGAUUCUUUUUCACUCUUCCUAGCUUGCUUUUUUUUUUUCCAGGAUUUCCGAUCUAGAUUUCUUCCGCAUUACCUGCCUUUUUUUUGUUUUCGUAAGGAAAAGAAGCGUUUGUUUGUUUUUUGUUUGUUAAAUAAGUUAAAAUGGAGACAUUUUGGCAACGGAGGCCGAAGAUUUCGAGCUUCUCUGCUGAUCAUAGCUUCACUGAUUUACAACUUCCUUCAACUGCCCCUGCUUUCUCCAGAGGAAACAGGCAGCUUCAGGAACACAGGAAAUUUCCAAAAUUGGCAUCUGAUUCUAGUUCCUGUCUUAGUGACACUACAGACGAAGAUCAGUUAACGUUUGAGUUGGGUUGGAGAUCGACAAAACAAUCAACUGGAACCCCAAUGAAGAAGUUGUUAGCACAAGAGAUGUCAAAAGAAAAUGAAUCUAGAAGACGACCACCAAGUGUUAUAGCAAGAUUGAUGGGCCUGGAUGGACUGCCACCUCAGCAGCCUGGCCACAAGCAGCAGAAACGAACAGAAAGUGGUCAAGAGAAAGUUCAAAAGGGUGGUACAUUCUAUAGCCGUCGAUCUUCUAGGAAAAGCUCAAAGGAGGAGCAGGAAUUUAAAGAUGUUUUUGAAGUUUUAGAUGCAUCAAAAGUGGAGAUUGCUGGUUCCUCUUCACAGGGGACUGCAAACUCAAAGCUUUCUGAUGCUGAGGUGGCCUUUAUCCAGCAGAAGUUUAUGGAGGCUAAACGUCUUUCAACGGAUGAAAAGCUUCAGGAUUCUGAGGAAUUCAAUGAUACCCUUGAGGUGUUAGACUCCAACACGGAUCUUCUCCUGAAAUUCCUUCAGCAGCCAGAUUCAUUAUUCUCAAAACAUUUGCAUGACCUGCAAGGUUCUCCACCCCAGUCCCAUUGUGGUCAAAUAUCAGUCAUGAAGUCAUCACACACUCUGAACAACGAAAAUGGUCGCUUAGUCCGAAGAGCAAGGGGAGAAACUCAAUUGAAGCACCAAAGUAAAUCUCCUCAAGGGAUUCAAGAAGAUCUUUUGAGCCACUCUUAUGGGAGAUAUGCAACUCUCAAUCCACCCAAGUCACCUAAGGUUCAAUUAGAUGAGAAAAAUGGGCCCGCUAUUGUACCCACAAGAAUUGUUGUCUUGAAACCAAAUCUUGGGAAGUCACAAAACUCUACCAGAACUGCUUCAUCACCUAGUUCUUCUCAUCAUUUUCCAUCCAAUUGCAGACACCUAGAAAUUUUGGGUACAGAAAUAUGGGGCAAGAAAAAGGUUCACCAAGAUAUUGGGUUUUCAAGGCAUAAUUCUAGAGAGUCUAGGGAAAUGGCAAAGGAGAUUACUAGGCAAAUGAAAAAUAGCUUUAGCAAUGGUUCAAUGAAAAUUUCAACCACCAGGUUUAGAGGAUAUGCAGGGGAUGAGAGUUCCUGUGAUGUAUCGGGAUCUGAAUCUGCAAAUGAUUCAGAUGUAACAACAGUGUCUUACAGAGAUAACAUUGGCUGGAAUAAGCGACAUAGGAGGUCAUCAUCAUGUUCUAGUGAAUCAUCAGUUAGUAGGGAGGCCAAGAAGAGACUAUCUGAGAGGUGGAAAUUAACACAUGGGUCUCAAGAGGUGCGGAUGGUUUGUAGGGGCAACACACUGGGUGAAAUGCUUGCCAUCUCGGAUAGGGAAGUGAGCCGAGCAAAUUCUAGUGGCGUUGUUGGUGUGGAAGGAUGCAGUGGGACUGGUAAUCAUGUUGGGUCAGCAGUGUGGAGUGAACCUUUGGGAAUUAGCACUAGGGAUGGUUGGAAGGAUGGAUGUCUUGGUAAUCUCUCAAGAUCACGAUCUCUUCCUGCUUCUUCUACUGACUUUGGAAGUCCUAGAAUAAGCACACGUUAUGAAAGUCUUCGCAGAGACAAGUACGUGAUUCCAAAAGAGGGUUUCAAGUGGGACACGGACAAGGCCGUGAAAGGCAAUUUUAAUCACCGGGAAGCUCCAUUGCGUAGCAACCAAAGAUCCUGUGUUAAGAAACCUCAAUUUCUGAGUAGUAGUAGCAGUAGUAAUAAGAAACAUAGUGACACUUCACCAGAUUUUCAUAUCACCCCAUAUCAGGUACAUCAAAAUUUUGAAGGGGAUAAUCAAUCUGAACACAACCUUAUGGUCUCAGGAGAAUCUGCUAGUACUGCCAUGGAUUCAAGUCCAGUUCUUAAAAAUGCAGGGCAUGUUAAUGUUCAGAAUAACGCUGUGCUAUCUAAACCUUCUCUCUUAGAAUUAUCAGCUCCUGCCUUGGUGAAUGCUGAUGUUUCUAGUGGUGACCUAGAUAAAUUGGACUCCCAGGACUCAUCAGAGGCGCCAUCUAAGCAAGCCCCAUUGCAUUGCCCUGUACCAGAACUAGAAUCUCGAGCUGGCUCAAAGGAGGCAGAUCAACCCAGUCCAGUUUCAGUUAUAGAAGCUCCUUUCACAGAUGAUGUGUCAUCUGGUUCUGAAUGCUUUGAAAGUAUUAGUGCUGAUCUCCAUGGGCUUCGGAUGCAACUUCAACUAUUAAAACUAGAAUCUGAGGCAUAUGAAGAGGGAACUAUGCUUGUUUCAAGUGAUGAUGAUGGUGAUGAAGUAUCUAUUGGGUUUGCCGAGGACAAAGGGACACCAAGGGCGGAAGAGAAUUGGGAGUCUGUGUACAUAGUUGAUGUCUUGGUUGAUUCUGGAAUUAAUGGAGCCGACCUGGAUACCUUCUUAGGUACAUGGCAUUCUCCAGAAUGUCCAGUGAAUCCAUUAGUAUUUGAAGAACUUGAGAAAAAAUAUUGUAAUCUAAAUUCUUGGUCAAGGGCUGAAAGGAGGUUGAUGUUCGAUAGGAUUAAUUCAAAGCUACUGGAGAUCUAUCAACAAUUUAUAGGCCAACACCCAUGGGUAAAAUCUGCAAGAAAAAUGAUUCCGAAGUGGAGCAUAGGAGAGCCUGAAGAUAGCCUGCGCAAAUCUCUGGUAAGCGAAAACAAGAACCUGCAAAUGGAUGCAGGAGAGAUAGUGCUUGCAGGGGAAUGUGAAUGGUUAGACUUGGAGGAGGAUAUUGAUGUAAUAGGUAGGGAAAUCGAGAGAUUGUUGGUAGAUGAACUAGUAGCUGAGGUAGUACAAUGCAAGGGUAGUACCAAGCUUUUGGUUUAGAAAGUUCACAUAUACAAAUGAUUGGAAUGAUCAUUUCAUGAAUGUAUAAAUAAGUUCUAAAUCUUUACAACAGCAACAAUUAUCAAAAGGUAUGAAUAUAUUCCACCAUUUUCACCAUUGAUGUUAAAACCAAAACCUACGUGCGGUGGGUCUCUCGAUCAGGCUUGAGUACAACAACCCCGAAUUUUAACUCCCAAAAAAAAGACAAGAUCAGAUCAUGUAUCCAGAAGGCAAAGUCCAAAACGAGUGCAGUUACAAAAAGCUCAAGUGCAACUACAAGCAUCAUACUUAUUGCC